GCUAAAGCUGCAGUAUGUCCACCGGGUUUAUCAAUUGAAAAAUGUGUUGAUGUUUUUCUUUCCGCUUUUCACGGUUAAAUAAGAGUUUCUGGUGUUCAAAACUAUGUCUGCUAACUACAGACGUUUCCUCAAGAUACUGGAGAAGUGGCCUGUUGAUAAAUCAAAAGCCGGAAGGGACUUGGGUGAAGAUCUCCGGGAACAGUUGAAAAAUCUCCUGCAGCGUGAGCAACAAUCAGGGUUCAAUCCAGAGGAUUUUGCCAAGCAACUCGACGCACUAUCGAGGAUCUCUAACAACAUUCACGGCAAGAGUUACUCGAGAAACUCAAGGACAACCGCAACCGGAUUGACAGGGGAGCAGUGCAACCAAGUUCUCUCGUCGGAAUUCCUGGAGUACAUGAACACCAAGUAGGAUGUUAAGGAAGUGUAUAGUUCAACCAAUUUUUCAAGUACGUAGACUUUUAAAUGCUCAAAUUAGCAAAAAUGUCCAGGAAUCUGUGCCCCAUAAGCCCGUUAUGGUGCAAGAAGUGCUGGAGAAUCUUCAGCCGGGUGAGAAUCAGAUAAUUCUAGACAUGACUUUUGGGGCUGGAGGGCAUUCUCGGCAUAUUCUCCAGAGUGCGGAAAAUGUCAAGGUUCUGGCUCUGGACAGAGAUCCCGUAGCUUAUGAAUAUGCCAAAGAAUUGCAAAAGGAAUUCCCUGAACGGGUGAUUCCUCUCCUGGGGCGAUUUUCUGAGCUUCCAGCAAUACUGGAAGCUCAGGGAGUUGAUCAGGGCACAGUAGAUGGGAUUCUCUUUGAUUUUGGGUGUUCUUCAAUGCAAUUUGACGUUGCCGAGAGAGGAUUUUCCGUUGAUAAAAAUGCUCCUCUGGACAUGAGGAUGGAUGGUGGAAGAUUGGAAGGGAUUCCAACGGCAGCUGAUGUCCUUGCCAGAGCUAGUGAGAUGGAUCUGUACAAAAUCUUCAAGAUUUACGGUGAGGAGAAGUAUUCGAGAAAAAUCGCUCGAGCUAUUGUCCAGGCCAGGUAUUCCAUUAAGAAGAUCGAAACGACGAAGGAAUUAGUGGACUUGGUUUCGGCUUGCUGUGAAGAAGAAUUUCGUCUGGAUAUGCUCCAGAGACCGACAAAUGUGGCCACGAAAAUUUUCCAGGCUCUCAGAAUCUUUGUCAAUAACGAACUCAAUGAAAUCAACUACGGCAUGAUCCUGGCUCAGAGAUACCUCAAAGUCGGAGGACGCUUGGUCACAAUCACUUUCCAUUCGCUGGAAGACAAGAUAGUCAAGCGACACAUAAUGGGAAAUGUCACGGAGAACCUGGCCAAUCCUCUGCCUCUGAAGUACGUCAGUCAUACUCUGAUCUACGACAAGGACACCGUAGAAACCCUCACAGAUACCGGAUGGCUGCCCCUGCACAAGCACGUCUUGACUCCUCAGUCCGAAGAGGUCGAGCAGAACCCAAGAUCUCGCUCAGCCAAACUCCGAGCCGCCCUCAAAAUCACCUAAUCCUGUAUUUAUCGAAAAAUAAUAAAAGAGUCUUUUAGCCA